GUGGUGCUGAAUGGCGGUGGGCUUCAACCCCUUGGAGGCAGCGAGGAAACAGGCGGCUACAAAGGCACUGGACUAUGCAUGAUGGUGGAAGUAUUAUGUGGCAUUCUCGGCGGUGCCGCUUUUGGCAAAAACAUUCGCAUGUGGCAGACGACGGCUACCACCGCCGAUUUGGGCCAAUGCUUCAUCGCCAUCGACCCCGACUGUUUUGCGCCCGGAUUCGCGGGCCGGAUGCAGACGUUUAUGGACGAGACGAGAGGGCUAGACCCGUUGGACGAGGACCCGGUGUUGGUGGCUGGCGACCCAGAACGAGCCCAUAUGGCCAUGUGCGACGACCUGGACGGGAUCGUCUACAAGAAGAGCCAAUUGAACCAUCUGGCCGACCUCGCCAACCGCUACGACAUCACAAUGUUGAAAACGAAAGAAGUCAACCUAUUAGCCCAGAAUAACGCCGAAAAUGUG